UUUCCUAAAGCUUUCACAAUAUUUGGUACUGAAAUUAAGCACAACCCAACCUCAAAUCACAGUUUCUUCAUUUAUUUAACUGAUUCGAAACCGAAAUGCCGCGUCAACGUUCAGGUAAUGCUGCGCCAAGAAGCGCCUCUGCCUCGCGUAGCUUCAGCAGCACGCGCAGUACCAAAAGCAACUUGCCCACAGUGCAGCCUAAUAAGACACCAGCGCCCGCUCCACCUCCAGCAACUAGCACGGGACGUAAGACUGGAGAUAUUAUGAAAGAUAUGGCUGCCACAGCGGCAGGUGUUGCCGUUGGCUCGGCCGUGGGUCAUGCUGUGGGCGCGGGCAUCACUGGUGCCUUCAGUCGCGGUGGCGGACAGGCAGCCGAGGCGGCACCUCAAGCUGCAGCGCAGCCGGCGCAACAGCACCCACGCAGCGAACUUGUCGAAGAAGGUCCAUGUGCCUACGAAAUACGACAGUUUCUCAAAUGCAGCGAGGAGAAUAGCGACCUGAGCGCUUGUCAGGGUUUCAAUGAGGCUAUGAAGCAAUGCCGACAACGUUACAAUAUUUAAAUUAUGAGCGGCGUAAAAAUUAUAUCAAAUCAAUACACUAUUUGACGGCAUUUAAUGUAUUGCGUU